AUGAGAAAUAUAAAUGUAAAUUAUAUGGGUGAAAUGAAGUAUGAAACAAAUAAUAAUAAAAAGAACAUUUUUUUAUUUAAAGAAGGAGAAAUGAAAGAUAAUAAUUACAAUAUGUAUAAUAAUGAUAUGCAUAAUGACGAUACAGCUAUUCAAGACAUACCUAUAGUAGAGGAAAAGAAAUUUCUUUUAUUUCCAGAAAAUAAAAAUAGUCUAAAAUUUGAUGAUAAUAAUGAUGAUGAUAAAAGUACAAAUUGUUCUUCUAUAGACAAAAGUUUACAUAUUAUAAAUAAUAGUAUAUGUACCAUAAAAAGUAAUUUAAAAUAUAUAAAAACUAUUAUAAAUAUAAAUGAAGCUACACAAUCAGAUUAUACUUAUGAAGAUGAAGAUAUAAAUUCAUAUAAAACCUCAAGUGACACAAGUAGUUUUGUUAAGACAUAUGAUAAUAUAAAUGAAGAGGAUUAUACUAGCAAAAAUAGUAAUGAAAAUAAUUUCGAAUUAUUAUUAAACCAAGUUAUAAAUAGUAAAAAAGAAGAAAAACAAUUAGAUACCUUAGAUAUAAUCGAUGAAUGUAUAUCUAUAGGAAAUCUAUAUAAUCGUAAAGACAAAAAAGAUAAUGAAAUUAUUCAAGAAAACAAAAAUAAUAAUAAUAUCAACAAUUAUGAAUUUAACACACAACAUACAAAAAAUGGUAAUGAAAAACUUGUACCUAAUAAUGACAACAAUAUUUUUACUCUUAAUAAUAAAAUGAUAUCAGAUGUUGCAUUAAAUAUAUCUGUAGAAGAGAAAAAUAAAAAAAAUAAUAAUAAAACUCAAAUUAAUAAUAUAAAUGAUGAUAAUAAAAAUAUUAUUAAUAAUAAACAAUUAGAAAAUGUACCUUCAAAUAAUAAACAAAAAGAUACAACAAAAUUUGCUCUCUUAAGAAAAUUAAACUUAAAUAAGAACUCCGUUAUACAACUACAAAGUGUGCAACAUGAUCAUACGCCUAUGGAUGAGAAAAAUAAGGAUUCAAGGUGUGAAGGUAUUAAACCAUAUAACCGACUAGGUAUUGCGUUAUACAAAUUGAUUAACCUUUUACCGAAUGAAAAAAGAAACAAACUAGAAGACUACUUAAAAAUAUUUUUUAAAAACAAAGAAAGGCUAACUAUACUGUUGAGAGAAAGGAAAUAUGUAUCCAAUUUUAUCAUAUACACAUUUUUUUUUUUAUCGUAUAUCUUUUUUGGAUUUGUUAUAAUUUUCUUGAAAAGAAUUGUCUAUCACAUAUUUUAUGACCAAGAUUUAUAA